UCCUCUAAUGCCCCAAUAAUUCAGUUUUAGAUAGUUUAAUCUUAUACUAUUAUAUUGGUUCCUGUCGACCGAAUUAUAAUGUUUCUAGUAUAUACUUUUCUAUAUUUGUUUCAAUCCUUUUCAUCUUGGUUUAAUAAAUAUAUUGAUUAAAAUAUAUUAGUCUUUAGUCUUUACCUCUUCUAACUACACCCUCUGUCUUUCUCUCUUUCUCUCAUUUUAUGAUCAUAUAAACACAAAAAAAAACACCCCAAAAACAGAGCAAAAGAUAAGUGACAAGUCUGCUCAGUAUACGUGACGCUUUUGUGUUCAUUCAAGGUGCAUACAACACUAAUUUCAAAGGUGAGUUUAGCUAGUGGAAUGGAAUAUAAAGAUAUUAUAAGUCCCCCAUGGUUGAUUCCAUUGCUGAAAGCUGAUUACUUUGUGCCCUGCCAAUUUCAUGGAGCUUCCAGCAAAUGUGAAUGCAAUAUGUACUGUUUGGAUUGCAUGGGAAAUGCUCUUUGUUCUUACUGUUUGAUUAAUCACAAAGAUCACCGUGUUAUUCAGAUACGGAGAUCUUCGUACCAUAAUGUGGUGAGGGCAAGUGAGAUACAGAAGUACAUAGACAUCACUUGUGUCCAAACAUAUAUCAUCAACAGCGCCAAGAUUGUGUUCCUGAAUGAGCGUCCGCAGCCCAGGCCUGGAAAAGGUGUUACCAAUACUUGUGAAAUUUGUGCUCGGAGCCUUCUUGACACUUUUAGGUUCUGUUCUCUCGGCUGCAAGCUUGGGGGUAUAAUGCGGGGUGAUCAUGAGCUCACAUUCACGUUGAAGGUGAAAGACUAUCAUGGAUAUUAUGGAUCAGAGUUUGAUGAACCCUCCACGCCCAAGAAGAUUCAGAAGAACCAUGUCUUCAAUCGUUUCAACGAAGUCUCGUUGUUUUCAAAUGACUCUCCGCGCUUCUGUUAUGGUGGUUAUGACAAGUAUUCUGGCUCUACAUCGGGAGACGAGGAGCAGUAUCAUCGAAGUAUUUCCCCGGGCACUCCCCCAAUCUUCAAUCAUCGGAAUCCCAGCAGAAGGAAGGGAAUUCCGCAUCGGGCUCCUUUUUAAUCACGUCUUGCAAUGCACAUUCCGGAGCUAGUCAGCUAGUGGCCUAAACGCUGAACAAGGAAGCAAGGUUAGAAACAGAACAAAAUGUUAGAUGAAUAAGAGUAACUGAUGGCGAAAAAGUUAAUAAUGAAAAAAAUGUAUACAUAGUGAAAUGUAGAAGUACAGAGUGUGUAUUAGUGUAUAUAGAAAACAAAAUAUGUAAUGUAUGUGUAAUGUGAUAGUAUCUUGUGCGACGUUUGGCAAAGGUAGAAGCAAGCAUUGUAUAUACUCUGGUUCACAGAAAGUAGAAACGAGCGGAGGUAGCACAUUAAUAGUGAAGAUGGUGUAUAUUCUUGUAUAAUUUUUUUUUUUUGCUAAAUAUUCUUGUAUAAUUAGAUGUACUCGAAAGUAGGAAUAAACGUGUUUUAUACGUAUAUUUAAAUGCAUGUUAUACAACAAGUUUAUUGUA